CAUUUAAUUAAAUUGGAAUAAUUUAUUUUGUUUCAAAAGAUGGCAGAGGGGCACUGGUUCUAGAAAAACAGGAAUUUGGCAUUGAUAGUAUACAUAUAUACUGUAUAUCUCUUUUUCAAGGGUAAUAGAGACAUAUAUUGGUGAUCUCUUACUUUUUCUUGUUUAAAACUUGUAAUAUGCUUGGCCUCCCAAUUUGGUUUUAAGGUUCUUAAAAGCAGAGGUCGUAUCUUGUUCUUGUUUGUCUCUCCUGCAGUGCUCAGUGAGCAUAGGGCCUUGCACAGGGUAGGUGCAUGAGUCAUGAUUGUUGAACCAAUGUGUUCAUGAAUUAAAUAUUUACAGUUAUGAGUUGAAGGGAGAAGGGUAUGUUUUAUCUUUCAGAAAUGGCAAGUUCCAGUCCUACAUAUAUGGAGAUGGAAGAAGGAGAUCUACCAACAAAAUUAAAAUUAGUGGAUGACUCGGUCCCUUUUGACAGUCCUUUGUUGAUUGCUUAUGCUACCCAAUUGUAUGAGAAGUUUGGGGAAUCUGCCCUUCGAUCCUUGAUCAAGUUUUACCCAUCAAUUUUGCCUUCAGAUGUCAUGCAACUUUGUCAUCAUCAUCCUGCUCAGUUUUUGGCCUAUUUAGACAGUCUAGUGAAAUCAAGGCCUGAAGAUCACCGGCAGUCCUUCCUUGAGUCCCUUCUACAACCAGAGUCGUUAAGAUUGGAUUGGCUGCUGUUAGCAGUGUCCCAUGAUGCUCCCCCAAGCACAAGCACUAUGGAUGAUGAAGGAAAUCCCAGGCCUCAUUCACACUUGUUUUCCUGGGGUUACAGUCAGCUGAUCCUUCAUCUAAUUAAACUACCUGCAGAUUUUACAACCAAAGAGAAAAUGACUGACAUCUGCAGGUCUCGUGGUUUCUGGCCUGGAUAUCUUACUCUCUGUUUGGAGCUGGAGAGAAGAAGAGAGGCCUUCACCAACAUAGUAUAUUUGAAUGAUAUGAGCCUGAUGGAUGGGGACAGUG